AUGUCACAAAAAGUACGCUUACAAUUUUACGACAUCAAUGGCGAAUCAGUUCAUGAUCAAGUACUAAAUUUAUUCGAUUAUCUUAAAAGUUUGCUACCACAAAAAAAUACCACUGAUGAAAACGAUUUUAAUAACAGAAGAAACAAUAUUCAACUGUUUUUAGGGACUGAAUUAACUGCAAAAAAUCAAGAGAAUCAAGUAACUUAUAAUCGUCACAGUAAUUUUAAUGUUGAUAAAUUAUUUCCAUUACCAAUUGGGUCGUUUUUCUUUAUAAAUGACAGAAAACUACCGAAAGUUUAUAGUUUACACAUUAUCGCUUAUGAAAAUAAGUAUUUGCGUUACCACUCAAGUAAUUAUCUCGGUCAUUUAGUGAACAGACUAUUACCUUUAUUAAAUUCUUUGAAUAAUGAUAGCACUGAUGAUUUGAUUGAUGAGAGUGAUUUUACGUUAGAAAUUUAUCUGAAAAAUAAAUAUAAAGCGGUUGAUGCAUAUCUUCCUGUGGCUAUGAGGUUGAUUGAAACUUCAAACUUUAUAAAAUGUUUUGACCAAAGUAAAUAUAUCAUACGUUUAGUUUGA